GUUGUCGCCCGGAAGACUAGAAGAGGAUGAACAACCCAUGCUAUGAAAGGAAAAUCUCGUAUGUCUCUCGUAUGCUCCUACCUCAUCCACGUACCCGCGAAAUAACACUUUUUAAUUUGCAUUUGGUCAUGUAGGGAAUAAAGAGGAGACUUUGGAUCGCCGGGAAAGCUGCUUCAUUGGGAGACUGCAUGUAUGUUUCCAGCACAGGACCUGGAUGUGUUCACAGAUGGAGAGCUAUGAUCAGUUUUGCCUUCAAACUCUGGCACUUCUGCAGGAUGAGGGCAAAUUUAAGAAACUGACAUGUGAGCCACUUUGUUCCCUGAAGACACAGUCUGUCAUCCAUUUCCAUGGAAGACCUAUUCUACCACCUCAGCUUACAGCUGAGCAACGCCAUGCAAUGUGUAACUACCGGCAAAAGGCUGUGCGGCUGGAGGAGCAAAGGCAGAGCCAGCGGAGGAACUGGCUCAUAUCCCGAGUUCAAGACCUACUGGACCAAACAGAGACAAAAACCUGUGGAGUCGUGGGAAAAGCACCAAACGGAAAGUGUCCUACAGUCAGCGGAUACACUUUAGUGACAGAUUCACCUGGACUUACCAAAGACUCUGGAUGUGACUAUCUGGCUGCAUCCUUUCCCCACACUUCUAUUGUUUCUUCCAACAAGGAAAAGGAAGUAGAAAAGGAAAGGACAGAGGAACAAAGUGAAGAGGAGGAUGAUGAGGAUGAAGAGGACAUUAGUUUAGACAGCCUUCUCAAAAAGUCCAGGGAGUAUGUGAAACAGGAGCGGAAAGUAAUGCACACAGCUCCAUCUGACAAUGCCUCUCUGGACACUAAAAACUCAAAUUCAACCACUGCAAUUGCCUUUAGUUUGCGCCACAGUCCUGUUGGCCAAACCAAAAUAUCAAAACAACCUCUUUAUGACCCCAUUCUCCCACAGCCUUGCUCGAGUUCCCCAAUAUCACCUGAUCAGCAUAUCCUCCUUCCAGUUAUAGACUUUUGUCCUAGUCUGUGUGCCCAAAAAAGGCGCCCACGUCCCAUCUCAACAGGAAACAUCCACUUUUCGUUUCCGAUUGAACCGACAGAUCAUAUCCCAUGCAGUCCUGGGAGAUCAGCAGAAGGAGCAGUAGAUCGGGACAUGUUUUUCAAUACUGGUAGGUCGUCUCAUCAUAGAGCAUCACUUGGAGAAGACAAUGUUAAUAACUGUCAAUCAAGCUUAUGGAGUAACAACCCUACAAUGGAACCCAGCAGUCCUAAUAAUGUAAUAUGUAGCCCAAAUGGUCACCCAGAAUCUUCACAGUUUCGGCGACGAUGCCACACUUUGGACAGCCAGCUCCAGAGGGGUCAUUCUGAAGUGGAGUGUAUAGACCGCAGGCAGGAAAGAGUGCCGCGGUUUAUGGCAGGUGUAACGUGGCUUGGUCCAAAUAGGCGACUCCCUGCGACCCCUAUUAACCAGUCCUAUACCACAGAGUGCCCCUCAACUUCAAAGCCAAGUGUGACACCUGACCCGCCCAACGCUCCCAGAAAAACACCAGAUGCACAAACCAAACCUGAGGCCACCCAGAGACAAGCACAAGCUACAGAGGACAGGCAAAGACACAUAGCGGAUGAGCAUGCCCUUCACAUGUCCCAGCUGCUGGCAGAGCAAGAGAGAGAACAACAACGCCUCCUGCUGGAGCAAGAGCAUGUGGACAAGAGGUUGAAUCAGCAAUUGUCCAGGCGACCUCUUAGUGCAGAUGCAAGUGGUUGGAGCCACACCUGUCCCAUCAUCAGCCCCUCCUGCCCCCGCCUCAGCCCUGUCCACAACCCAUCUGAGCAAUCACCAGGACACAAUUUAGGUUUUCCAAAUCCCGCAAUAUCUCCAUCUGUCCUGUCACCAGUUACCACAUGGGGACCCAACUGGACUAGUAGCAAAUCUCGGACAAGACUCAGUGAGGUAAUGACACCAGAACAACAAAGAGCCUACUCCCGCAUUUGUGCUAUAACACGUGGCUUUCUCACUCGGCAACUGCUAAAAACAGAAAAGAUCAAACAGCUGCAGCAGACUGUUGUGGACACACGAGCAUUCAUUCAUUCUCUCCAAACUGAAGCCCCUCCACAUAAAGUGUCCUACACACCACAAGACCUUUCUCUGCAGGAGAGAGUCAGAGCUCAGUUGCGUGCAGCCCUUUACGACAUCCAUGACAUCUUCUUUCAAAUGCCUUUGUCACAAAGAUUAGGACUCCUACAGCAGGAUCGGGAGCUCCGUUUGGAAAGAAAGCUGAGAGAUAUGGAAAAGACAAAGUCUUCUAAAGACAAAGUUCUCUCUGCUGCUACGCAGAGGUCAAUAGACAGAAAGAAAAGGGUGGGUGAGUCUCCAGCUCAGACCAGGAAGGUGCAACAGAAACCAAAAAGCCCUACCACAAACCGAGUUUCGAAACCAAGUCAGGGCCAAAAUUCACCUGCCAUGGGGCGACUGAACCGCCAGGGAAGUUGGUACAAGAAGACCCCAGAGGAGCGGGUGAGGCGAGGAGACAGCCUGAAGAAGCAGCACUCUCUGGGCUGAGACAUGUGACCUUUGAACUUGAAUUUAUUUAUUAGCUGCUGGCAAAAUGAUUGUUGAUUUAUAACAAAACAACAAAAACAUGCCUAAAUGAUCGACAGAAAUGCAUAUUUACUUAUUUGUAACAUAUUUAUUUAUUUGUUUUACACCAUGUAAAGUUUGUUUGUUUUUUACUGUGCCUAAGGAUUUGCCUUUGUUUGCAUGUAGUUUGUUGAUAUAACAAAUCAACCUUUCACAGCCUUUCACAGCCUUACAUCACAUGAUGCAGAUGCCAUAAACUGUAUGUAUUUAAACAGUGGAUUUUUGUUGAAGGGCUCUGUUAGCCUCUGUUUGUUUACAUAACGGUGCUGAGCAGCCUUAAUAUAUACAAAUAAAUGUUUUUAAUGAC